AUGAGUGAUAAUGAUAUCGAAUCUGAAUCAUCUAUUAAUAAAGAACAUUCUUUAACAAAUUCUGAUACAAAAUGGAUGGAUUAUUACAAAGAACGGAUUCGAUCACCAGCAGGUCAUUAUGAAAUAAAACCUACUGUGCCUGACUCAGUAGACCCUGUUAAAUGGAAAAAUUAUCAAAAAGAGCUAUUCAAUUUUUUAGAAUAUAUGAAUUUAGUUCCAGUUUUUUCUGAACUUAUUCUUAUCAAUAAACUAUUAGAAGAUUUUCCAAAUAAGUCCAAUCAAAAGAUAAUCGAUGAAUAUAAAAAAACUGUAGAAGAUAAAAAUAGACCUAAAACAAAGCAUUCAAGAAAGGAAGAGAGUAAUAAUCAGAAGAAAACGAGUGAUACGUUUUAUCAAAGAAAAGAAAAACGUAGUCGUAAU